AUGGUUCUGAAGGCUUUGGAGUUCUCGGACUGCAUCUCCGACUCGCCCUGGUUUCGUCAAAAUCUUCGAGAGCAUGAGUUGGCCCUUGACGAAGCGUACAAAAAUAUCAAAAACAUUGAAAACCAGGCUCGCGAGUUGAUCAGUUGUACAAAAAAGCUUUCUCAAGCACAACGAGCAUUUGCCAAAUCUCUGGUCGACUUCAAAAUUGAGACCGUCGGUCUAAAUCAAACCGAUGACGAAAGGGUUGUUGCCAGUUGUUUGAACGAAUUUGCUAAUCUCGUGGUGCGAAUUGAGGAUGAACGAAACAAGAUCAUUUCGGCAGCAGACGGAAGUUACUUGGAACCUCUCAGAAGAUUUCGGACGGACGCUAUUGGAAAGACGAUCAAUGAAGAGAAAAAGAAAUACAAAGAAGCGUCAAGCAAAUUUCACUCAAAUCUCGAGAAACAUUUACAUCUCAGCACGGUAAGGAAGAACGAUUUCAAAGAAGCUGAUGCUCAACUAGAUAUUCAACAACGAGAUUUUUAUCGGGCUUCACUUCAGUAUGUUGCCGAAAUACAAUCUGUGCAGGAGAAAAUGAAGUUCGAAUUUGUUGACAUCAUCGCCUCGUUUCUGUAUUCAUGGCUUGGGUUUUACAAUGAAGGGCAAGUGAUGUACGAAGAUUUCAAGCCAUUUUUGAAUAGUGUCACGGAAAAAGUCCAAAAGACGCGCGAAAAUUUCAAAUGUACGCAAGAUGAGGCAGAGGUGCUAAAGGAUAAAAUUUUGCAAACACACACAAAAGCGGGCACUGCCUCGACAAGUGAUUCUCUUCGAUCAGUGAAUUCUACAAUUAAACAAGGAUAUGUUUAUAUGCAGGAGAAGAGCAAGUUACCAAAGAAGAUUGGAAGGGAUGUAUUGAUGGGUUCGUGGACCAAAUACUACUGCGUUUACAGCAAAGAAACUCGAAUCUUUACGAUGAUUCCUGAGAAAUCUGACAUGCCUCGCGCGAUCGAUCAAUCGAUCCGUUUCAAAUUGAAAGAGUGUGUACGCCGUUCAUCAGAUAGCAUAGAUCGACGUUUUUGUUUUGACGUGGUUGGGGAGGAGCGUGGUCUGCCUCAAACCUACACACUUCAAGCACUUUCUGAAGAAGAUCGAAAACAGUGGCUUGAUGCACUUGAUGGAAAGCAACCGAUCUAUUCUCCUGGAGCUGGCCCAUCUUGCAGCAUAAUUCCAUCUCAACUAGACAAGCGAGGAUUUGACUUUGUUGAAAGAUGCAUUGCUACGAUUGAGCGUAAAGGAAUUGGUGAACAAGGACUGUAUCGCAAUUGUGGCGUAACUUCAAAAGUACAAAAGCUGAUUCAAAAUGGUUUGGAACAAGUCAAGAACGGUGGAGAGAGUGUCAAUUGGGAUGACAACGAAUGGGAAGUGAAAACUUUGAGUUCAGCUCUAAAAACGUUUUUGAGAAACUUGCCUGAACCCUUGAUGACUUUUGACUUGCACAACAUUUUCAUCAAUGCUGCCAAAAUGGAUGAUCACAAAAUGCGAAUCGAUCACAUACAUUUUUACGUUCAUCAAUUGCCGGAAAGUCAUCGACGAAUGCUGGAAAUUGUUAUUCGUCAUCUUAGAAAAGUUGCCGAUCGCAAAGAAUCGAAUUUGAUGACCGUCGGAAAUUUGGGCGUUUGUUUUGGACCUACUCUUUUGCGACCAAAAGAAGAAACGAUGGCGGCAAUUAUGGAUAUCAAGUUUUGCAACGUUGUCGUCGAGGUGUUGAUUGCAAAUGGAAAGCAGAUUUUCGAUACUCAUCCCCCGGCCUCAAUCGGCUUACCAGCUAAGCCGGAUCACCAUGCCACCAGAUUACCAAUCGAGAAAAAAGAAACGGCCUCAACUAUGGAAGGACAAAAUUCGGGAAAUGAAGCGGUGCAGCCAGCCAGCCACAUAUACGACGCGCCUGCUAACUAUUUGGGCCCCAAAAGCCAAUAUGUUGAUCGUUCGCGCAAGUCGUCAAUCGUUCGAAAUCAACACCAAGUUGGAGGUGACGAGCAAGAGGUCUUAUCUCGAAAGCGCGCUGAAAGUAAUAAAAGCAAGCUUUCUUUCAAUGGGGCUAGAAAGAUGACAUUUAAGAAAGCCUUUGCCAAGGUUGUGCAGCAUUUGACCGAUGGACGUGGAGGUGACAGCUGCGACUCACUUGAUUCGGCUCAAUCAGGAGGAAGUGGAGAAGGCGAGCAAAAUCAUCAACGCGGCAAGGUCACGACUUAUGCAACACCCUACAAUCCCGAAGCAUUUGCGACACGGCGUCGACAAGCUAGUCUAUUUACCGUGUCGUUGCCCUUUCAGCAUUAUAAUCGUCGCGUGAAAACUCUCUAUGCUUGUACUCCCGACCAUGAUUCCGAGCUCAGUUUUCAGGCCGGACAAAUCAUCACGAAUGUAACCGAAUCGAAGGAAGAAGGCUGGUUGAUUGGCACAUUGAAUGGUCGCGUAGGGCUUUUGCCCAGUAAUUACUGCAUUUUUUUGGAU